AUGGGCAAAAAGGACAAAAAGUCCGCCGAGCACAAGGCCCGGGUCGCGGCAAAGGCUUCUAAAAAGUCCGCUAAAUCUGAGAAAAAGUCCAAGGCCAAGGGCAAGGACGCCGAUAGCGACGUCGAGGAUGCAGAUCUUGAUGCUAUCCUCGCUCAGUACGCUGAGGAGCAGGCCAAGUUCUUGAAGGUUACCGAAGUGCCUUCCGAGCCUCCGUCUCCAAGAUCAUCUCCUACCUUCAUAGCAUCGCCGUCCAACCGGAAUGAAUUGCUGCUUUUCGGCGGAGAGUACUUUGACGGCACACAUGCAACAUUCUUCAACAAUCUGUUCGUGUAUCUAAUUGACCGUGACGAAUGGAGAGAAGUCACAAGUCCAAAUAGCCCUUUGCCACGAAGUGGUCAUGCUUGGUGUCGUGGAGGAAACACCGGUGGUGUGUAUCUUUUUGGAGGAGAGUUCUCUUCGCCGAAACAGGGUACCUUCUAUCACUAUAAUGACUUCUGGCACCUGGAUACUACUACCAGAGAAUGGACCCGUCUUGAAACGAAGGGGAAAACGCCUCCGGCUAGAAGUGGUCACCGGAUGACCUACUACAAGAACUACAUCAUCCUCUUUGGUGGAUUUCAAGACACAUCUCAGCAGACCAAGUAUCUGCAGGACCUGUGGAUCUAUGACUGCAACAAAUUUAUCUGGUUCAACCCCGUUCUGUCAGCAGCAGCGCAGAAACCUGAUCCUCGCUCAUCAUUUUCACUCUUACCUCACGACACUGGUGCCGUUAUCUACGGUGGCUACUCUCGCGUGAAGACCACUACUGGCACAGGUAAGCAGGGCAAGGGCGGUCCCCAAAAGAUGGCGCUCCGCCCGAUGGUCCACCAGGACACCUGGUUCUUGAGAAUCACUCCUCCUGAAUCAGAGUCCGUGGCAGCUUCAACUGGCCCUACUAUUCGAUGGGAGCGGCGAAAGAAGCCUGCCAACACGCCCAGUCCUGCUCGCGCCGGUGUCACAAUGGCCUACCACAAGGGUCGUGGUAUCAUGUUUGGCGGUGUCCAUGACGUCGAGCUGACUGAGGAGGGUAUUGAGAGCGAAUUCUUUGAUACGCUGCUCGCUUGGACCACUGAUCGCAACCGGUUCUUCCCGAUGAGCUUGCGCCGCCCUCGCGCACCUGGUAAGAAGCAACAGGCGAAUCAGGCCGCGAAGGGCCGUGACAGAAGCAAGGCGACCGAGGAAGAGCUCCUGGCUAACCUGAAGGCCUUGGAAGAGAAGGGUGGCAUCCGCCAUGAUGAUGACGAUGAUGACUUCAUGCAAUCAAGUACACCCAAGACCGAGGAGCCUGUCGAGUCCAGUAAGCAAGCGAUUGUUCGCUUUGAAAUGCCGCACCGGAGAUUCAACGCUCAGCUUGCAGUGCAAGAUGAUACACUUUUCAUCUACGGCGGUACCUUUGAGAAGGGCGAGCGUGAAUUCACCUUCGAUGACAUGUACUCCAUUGAUCUGGUCAAGCUUGACGGAGUCAAGGAGAUCUUCUACAGAGAGCCCGUAAACUGGAACCUCUUGGAGGAAGCCGAGGACAGUGAUGAGGAGAUGGAUGAUGAUGAAGAUGACGACGAGGACAUGGAAGAAGACGAUGGCGAUGCCAUGUCUCUCGACACAGGCUCACCUGCUCCCACAGACGUGACUGUGCCAUCAGUGACACAGGGCAUGGAGCAGCUCGACGUCGAGGAGCAAGAGUCAGAUGCACCUGAAGACAGCCGCCCUCUUCCUCGUCCCUUCGAGAGUCUCCGUGAAUUCUUUAACCGAACAUCGGAAGAAUGGCAGAAGCUUGGUAUCGAAACUCAGACUAUGAAGGGUAAGAUUGAGGGCAAGACCAUCAAAGAGCUGCGUAAAUUCGCCUUUGACAUCGCAGAAGAGAAGUGGUGGGAUAGCCGUGAAGAGAUCAUGGCGCUAGAGGAUGAACAAGAAGCGGCUGGCAUUGGCGAGGUCGUCACUCUCGCUGACCGUGCCGAAAAUGCUGGAGGAGCUGGUCGUCGUCGGUGA